AUGAAGUCACUACUUUUGAGGUUUAUUUAUGGAAGUCGUAAGCAACUGUCGUCAGCUCUGACUCAUGAAGAAGCGACAAUGACUUUCCAAGUACCACCACUUUGUUGCUGUAUGAAAUGCCUACCAAGAGCAAUACCAAGCGAACGGAAUCUUAAAAUCGUCGAACUACUAACAUUACAAGGACCAAUUAUUCGAGCUUUUAUUGUCGUACUUAAUUGUUAUUUCUUAGCAGAGAAAGGGGAGGAUUCCGAAUUCUCUCUCCAAAUGACUGAGGCCGCUGGGGCUCCUUCUCUGCUUUUCACAAUAUUUGGAGCACAUAUAAUGGGAAAACUGUCGGCGGUGAGUUAG